ACACGUGUUACUGUAUUCGUUGGCCCUGUUGCAUACAUUUCCUGGCACUCUCUAAAAUCCAGGCUUGCACCACUUUCACUCAAUAAUUACAAGACCUUCUUGUUUCUUCUUUAUUUUAUUAGUGGACUUCUCUGGUCACCAAGGAGAUGAGUGUCAUGGCAGCCCUGUGUGUGAACGUGGUGACAGUCAACAUGUUACUGAGUGUCUUCUUUCUUUCAGGUUCUUUGGCUGCCUGUGUUGAUAAACCAGCCAUCUUUAUGACUGCACCAACGAACAUGGAGGCACUGAGUGGAUCUUGUUUGAAAAUCCCAUGUAACUUUAGAGAUUCAUCAAGAAAUGGUUUCAACAGCAGCAGAGAAACCUUCGGAGUGUGGAUUAAAAAUGACUCAAGGUUUAUAAUUAAUCCAAAUAAUGUAGUCUUCAACAGUAGUGGGUCAGUUAACAUCUAUCCAAUGAAUAUUACUGGAGAGCUGAGUCAGAAAAGCUGCACCACUCUGUUUUCUGGUUUAAAAACAAGUCAUUCAGACACAUACUACUUCAGAAUUGAAAACUGGCCAUACAGGGCAACAGCUUAUUGUGAUCCUCUUCAAAUAACAGUUAAAGAUUCUCCUUGGAGACCCACAAUUAACAUCUCAGGUGAUGUGAAGGAGAAGGAGUCUGUCACUAUCACCUGCUCAGCUUUCACUCCCUGUCCACACUCCCCUCCUCAACUCACCUGGAAUCUACAACAAGACCCUUACAACAAAAUAGAGGAAAACACAGAUGGGACCUUUACAACUAAAAUCCAGGAGACCAUCACUCUGUCAGACACACAUGAUGGAAACAACAUCAUCUGUUCUGUCAGAUAUCCUGUGAAUGAAGGAAAAGACGUCAAGACAGCAGAGCCCAAGAGAACUUCUCAGUGUUUCAUGUAA